CCACAUGGACAGCCUUAUUGUGCCAACCACGCCAGAGACACAUUUUUUCCGUUCGGGAAACGCAACAACAGAAAUCUGGGAGGUGAUCCUCGUCGCCUCAUGUCCCAUAAUUUUCAUAGUAUUCCUCUGUCUGUGCGUCGUAUGUCUAGUUGUCCGCAGCUAUGAGAGACCCGUUCUUCCCUCUGUGCAAGCUCUGCGAGCUUCUGCCUCCUCCAGCUCUCAAAUUGCGUCGAUUUUGCGUCAACUACCACCUCCACCAAAAUAUGAUAUAGCGGUAACCUCAGUGGAUGCACCACCACCAUUCUACUCCGACAUCGGCAAAGAAAUCGCGCCGGGAUUCCGUACGACGCCUUCCGGAGCCCGUCCAAUGUCCAUGAACCGACAGUUUCAGAAUCAACAUCACCUGAGCACGCCGACAGUACAGCCAUUGAAUAUUCAGUACUUGUACCCGCCAAGAUAUGAGGCCACCCUACCAUCUUCGGAGUGCAAGCAGGCGCCACGUGUCGAGCACGUGGUAGUAGAGAUUGGCGGUGACGCCACCACAAAUUCCACGUCAUCAGCUUAAUUUUAUCGAUUAUUUUUUCUCUUUAUCAUGGUUUUUCGGGUUUUUUAUUGUGAUUUUUGCGGGUUUGUGAUGUUUUUUGAAUGUGAAAUGACGCGUCUAGCUGUGAUUUGCUAUGAUUUAUUGAUUUUUUUUUUUUUUGAGAUAUUUUAUGUGCCUAAAUAGAGUUUUAAUUCAUGAUCAUCAUUGGCUUUAAUAUUGAGAGAUUAAUAAAAAGUGAAUUUUUAAACAUUU